AUGUAUAAAUUAAUAAUUGAUCUUACUGAUUCAAUAGUUUUACAAGAAAUAAGUGCUUACAGAGAAAUUAAUAAUUUAUAUAUUUUUACAGAAGAUACACUUGAUGAUAGCCAAAUUGUUGAAACUGUAUUAGUGAAGCAAUUAGAACAUGAGCAAAGUAAUUUGGACAAUUCUGAUAAAAAGCCACUAAAAAUUUCUGCUUAUAAAGGAUUAAAUGAGUUAAAAACUUUUAUUUUAUUUGCUAAACAAAUAGAUAAUAACUUUUUCUUUAAUAACAAUAACUUAGCAGUAUUUCAAAACUAUAUACCAUUAAUAAAACAAAAAAUUACUGAGUUCAUAAAACAGAAAUCUAUUACAGAUUUUUUUAAAAUAAAUGAAUAUUCUCUUAAUAAAAAAGAUUUUUCUUGUAACAAUAGUUUCUUUAAUAAUGAUUAUAAUUUUUCUGACAAUAAUAAUUUUCUCGAUAAUAACUUUUUUGAUGAUAACUUUUCUAAUAAUAACUUUUUUGAUAAUGACUUUCUUAACAAUAACUUUUCUGAUAAUGACUUUUUUGAAAAUAAGUUUUCUGAUAAUAAUUUUUCUAAUUAUAGUAGUUUUUCUAAUAACUAUAGCAGAUUUUCUAAUAAUUAUGAAAACUAA